AGGAAAACGGAAGCGUCAGUCAAAAAUAUAAAUAAACGUGUUUUCGUAAACAAAUACUAACGUGUUUAGUAGUGCACUGCUUUUUCUGAUGAAAGCUCUUUAACGUUUCUAGUAAACGUGUAUACAAUAUUCAAUCACCCGUAAUGGUUAAAAAACGUGGGUUUGAUAAUAUAUAUGAAAGAGAAUCUAACAGAAAAAUGCGUCGCAAAUCUUCAUCUCAUUUUACUCCCCAAGCAGCGAACUGUUCAAAAGAAGUGAAAAAUUCCCUCAGUGAUGGAUUGCUUAAUUUGUACAAAAAGGAAGCUGAUAAAUUAAAGAAUAACUCAUAUGUAGGAAGUGAAACUGAAGUAUUUGAAAGUAAUAACAGUUCAGCUGAACAUAGUUCAGAAGAGACAAAAAUGGUUAAUAGGUCUACAAAAUUGGAGAAAAAGAAUUACAGAGAUACUGUUAAUGAUUCACCUAUGAAGCAGCACAGAGCAGAGAAUAAAGAUAACAAAAGUAGUUCUGAAGUAGAGUUUGAUGGCACAGGAACACCUGCUAAAACACCUGCAAAGAAAGUGAAGAAAACUUUUAGUAAAAAUUUAACAGUUAAACAGUCAUCUAUUACUUUUAGAGAUUGUGGAGGCAUAGAUAACAUGUUAAAAGACUUGUUCAAAAUGUUCAUGAGGUUAAAAGCUCCUGAAUUUUAUCGAGAUUUAAAUAUUUCACCUGUUAGAGGUCUUCUUUUACAUGGUCCUCCAGGUUCUGGAAAAACCCAUUUGGCUCGAGCCAUUGCUGGACAUUUUUCAUUACCUCUUAUUGAAGUAGUAGCAACAGAAUUGGUGUGUGGUAUAUCUGGUGAAUCAGAAAGUCAAAUACGAGACACUUUUGAUUUGGCUAUGAAUACUGGUCCCUGUAUCUUGUUUAUUGAUGAAAUUGAUGCAAUUACUCCAAAGCGAGAAACUGCCAGUGGGGGAAUGGAGAGGCGCAUGGUGACUCAGUUAGUAAAGUGCAUGGAUGAUCUAAAUGAUAAAGAUACUUCUUUUAAUGUUAUGGUAAUUGGAGCUACUAAUAUACCAGAUGCUAUUGAUCCAUCUUUACGCGGUGGAAAUCGAUUUCGCUGUGAACUGGCUAUAGGAAUACCAAAUGAACAAGCUAAAAUUCAAAUGCUGCAAGUUUUAUGCAAGGAUGUUAAGUUAACUGCUGACUUUGAUUUCACCUGGGUAGCUCAUCAUACUGCAGGAUAUGUUGCUGCUGAUUUAAGGAACUUGGUGUCUAAUGCUAUUGAAAUUGGAGCAUGCAGAGCAUCAGACAAAAUUUCUACAUCAACUUCUAACUCAUAUGAUCCUACACUCUCUGCUCUUGAAAAGGCUGAGUCUUGGUUCAAUUCUCUUGAUUCAUCUAAAGAAGUAAUGUCUGACUUCUAUUUUGAUCUUUGCGAUUUUAAAGAAGCACUUAAAGAAUACGUCCCUAAUUUUAAAAGAGAAGGAUUUGCUUCAGUACCCAAUGUCACUUGGGAAGAUGUUGGAGCUUUAGAACAUGUGAAAGAAGAACUUCAAAAUACAAUGUGGCCUGUUAAAUACAACAAAUUUUAUGAAGAAAAUAAUUUAUCUAGUACUAAAGGCAUUCUGUUAUAUGGACCAAAAGGCUGUGGAAAGACACUUCUUGCCAAAGCUUUAGCAAAUGAAUGCAAUAUAAAUUUUCUAUGUGUAAAUGGACCUGAAUUGUUAAACAUGUACUUUGGAGAAAGUGAGAAAUCAGUUCGUAGAUGUUUUGAAAGGGCUCGGAAUUCAGCUCCUUGUGUAAUAUUUUUUGAUGAAUUUGAUGCUUUCUGUCCUUCUAGAUCAGCAUCCAGCUCGAAUGCUGCUGCAGAAAGAGUUGUUAAUCAAUUACUCACUGAAAUGGAUGGUAUACAAGAACGUAAACAAGUAUUUGUAAUUGCAGCUACUAACAGAAAAGAAAAAAUUGAUUCUGCUAUGUUAAGGCCUGGGCGGCUGGAAAAACAAAUAUAUAUUGGCUUGCCCUCACCAAAUGGCAGAGUGGACAUAUUAAAGAGUCUAACUAAAAAUAAAACUCGUCCCAAAAUUGCUGACAACUUAGAUUUAGAAACAAUAGCUCUAGACAUGAGAUGUGAUGGAUUCAGUGGUGCUGAUCUUGCUUUUCUUGUACGCGAAGCUACACAAAAAGCUGUAAAACAAGUCAUUAGCGAAUUUGAGGAAAAAAAGCAAAUUCAUUUAUUAAAUACUAAAAUUACUGUCGAAUGGGACCAUUUUGAUGAAGUGUUAGACGAAAAGAAAAUUAAACCAUCAAUUAAUAAGAAUGAAAGAAAGUAUUUUGAAAGGUCUCAAGAAAUGGAAGCAAGUGAAUAAAAAUAUUUUUUCUUUAAAUAAUUUGUACAUACAGUGUCAUUUUAUACAAUGUGUACUAUUUGUAAAUACAUUGUUUUUAAAAUAUU